CGAUCACAUGAUUACAUGUCAUUCGCCAUAUUCACGGUGGACAAAAUUUGAGGAAGAACUACUGAAAAAGAUAAUUAUCGGUUAAACUUCUCUUUGUGAAAAAUUUAAUAAUCUUGGAAGAUGGCAGACAACAAACCAAUAUACACACCGUUUUUCGGCUCAAUGGGCGCUACGGCCGCCAUCGCUUUCAGUGCGCUUGGAGCUGCCUAUGGAACAGCCAAGUCAGGUACUGGGAUUGCAGCCAUGUCCGUGAUGAGACCUGAACUGAUCAUGAAAUCUGUCAUUCCUGUGGUCAUGGCUGGUAUUUUGGCUAUUUACGGAUUGGUCGUCGCUGCUGUUAUAGCCAACAGUAUUGAUAAAGACUAUACUUUAUUCAAGAGUUUCACACACUUGGGAGCUGGACUCAGUGUAGGCCUUAGUGGUCUGGCUGCCGGAUUUGCCAUUGGAAUUGUGGGAGACGCUGGGGUACGCGGGACAGCACAGCAACCUCGACUCUUCGUUGGAAUGAUUCUGAUUCUUAUUUUUGCUGAAGUAUUGGGAUUAUAUGGAUUUAUCGUAGCUUUAAUUUUGGCUACCAGAAAUGACAGUUAAUUCAUUUCCACCAUGACUACAUGUGUACAAAGAGUCUAAAAUGCUGGUUAGAUAUUAUACGUGAGUGUAAGAGAGGGGACGAUCAAAAUAAAUCUAUAUAAAUCCUGUACAUAUAAAGCCCAUGUGAAGCUACUCAUUGACAUUGUAUAAGGUCUGGAUGUGGUAGUGUUGUUAGAACAUUGUUGUAAAUGAUGUGGUAAAUCAUUCCGUAGGCCAGUCUUUUCUAGAUCUUGUGCAUUCUUCUGUGAUUUCCAUUUAAUAUAAACAUGGGUCUCAAUUUAUUUUUUCAUGCACCUUGUUUAGUAAAAGUUGUUUGGCUCAAUCAUGGCUCUGAAAAUAUUUCUUAUAUAUCUAUCUCUUUUUGCAAUCCAAAAAAGCAUUCGUCUUUUACUAAACAAGGUUCAUGAUCGGGUAUGUACGAAGCUGUGAACUUGUAUAUAAAUUCCUGAGUAUUUAUAUUGUCUUAAUGUUAUUCUGUCUAGUCUAAAAAUGAAUUAAGAACAGGCAGAUAUUGGAAAUAAUUUUGUGUACUAUUGCUUUUAACGUGUGAAGUUUGCCCUGGCCAAAUGAACACUUUCCUUUAUGCUUGAUUCCAACAAGAAAAUAAUCAUAUGUAAAGUUUUAGUUGUCUUAAAUCACUGUGGAGCUAGAUCUAGCAAAGAAUCUGUAAUAGGUUACAUUCAUAUUAUUAUUUCAAGUAUGCCAUGUGGCAAUAAAAUGAAUUAAACAAAA